AUGGGGGAUAUCAUACGUAUAAAGAGACACUAUUAUGUUCAUUUAUUGGACAAUAACACGAAUGUAACACGAUGUAUUGUGGGUCCAUUAGUGUAUACACGUAAAGAACACGAGAGAUGUCUUUUUGAUCCACUACCUUGUAUUGUUAUACCUCCACGAUGUUACUGUGUGGUUCAAAACCCUUGUGUACGUGAUAAAUCUGGGAAACCGCGUUUAGAUGGAAAUAAUAGUGUCAUGUUGCGUAUGGGGGUAGAAGAAAUACGUUUCGAACAGGAACCAUUUCCUCUAGAACCUGGUGAAAUUCUUAAACAGGAAAAUGAUGAAUGGUUAUUUAAAUUAAAAGCCAUCCCCAUUAAUAAGGGUUAUCACGUUCGCUGCAUUUGUGAUUUUAAAGACAGUGAACGUGGAUUGGUGCGAGCUGGUAUGGAAUGGAUGGAAGAAGGUCCAAAAACAUAUAUUCCACGUGUUGAAGUUAAAAUUAUUCGAGAAGUAGACGCCUACACUAUUAUUCCAAAUACAGCAUUACAUCUUCAAGCCUUGGUUGAUUUUAAGGAUCGUAAUGGCAUUGAUCGAAGUGCCGGUGAUUUAUGGAUGCAUAGAACCGUUGGCGCUUACCUUCCUGCAGUGGAGGAACAACUCUUAAGUAUUGUGGAGGGUAUUAUACUAACAGAGACAAAAGCUAUUCAUCUUGAAGCUCGUCGUACAUUUACAGAUGUGUAUGGUAAGAUUCGAAAAGCAGGAGAACAAUGGUUAAUUACAAAAGAUGACGCCCCUGUACAUAUUCCUGAUGUACAUGAGAAACUUAUUACUACUGUACAGGCUGUUGUUUUGACUGGCAAAGAAUACUGUAUCAUUGUGAAUCCUGUUGGAAAGGAUGGAUUAAAUCAAUUUGGUAAACAAGAUGUACGUAGAGGCGAAUGUAGUUUCUUCCUUCACCCAGGAGAGAAAUUAACAGGUCUACAAUCGGUAAAAGUUAUUGGCGAAGAUGAAGCGCUACUACUUCAAGCUAUAAAAAGUUUUGAAGAAAAUGGUCUCAGACGUAGGGCUGGGGAAACAUGGUUAUUACGUGGUGUUGCGGAAUACGCCCCAGAUCUCAAUGUUCGUGUACUGGAGCAACGAAGUGUGAUUCCAUUAGAUAAGAAUGAAGGGAUAUACGUAAUGGACACCAGAACUGGAGUGGUACGGGCAGUGAUAGGGAGUCCAUACAUGUUAAAUGAACAUGAGGUGUUAUGGGAAAAGCAUCUCUCCACAGAAGUGGAGGAAUUGCUGGCCUCUCCUAAUGGAUGUAGUAAGCAAAUAGGAUUAAAUGAUAAAUUUGUAAGUUCACGUGUUAAGCAUCAUAUUGUUCGCUUUAACGUUCAACAUAACGCGGCAGUACAAAUAUAUGACUAUAAACAGAAAAAACCACGUGUAGUACUUGGUCCAAAUUUGGUGAUUCUCUCUCCUGAAGAAGAAUUCACCGUCCUUUCACUUAGUGGAGGAAAACCCAAAAAACCUAAUACAUUGCAAUGCCUUCAAUUAUUUUUGGGACCCCGUUUUUCAAGUGAUACAGUUAUUGUAGAAACAUCUGAUCAUGCUAGUUUACAACUUAACUUAUCCUAUAAUUGGUACUUUGAUGUGGAUCGUAAAAACCCGGAUGCCAAAAUAUUUUCUGUACCAGAUUUUGUGGGUGAUUGUUGUAAAACGAUUGCCUCACGUGUUCGAGGAGCCGUGGCCGCGGAAGAUUUUGAUUCCUUUCAUCGCAACUCGGCAAAAAUUAUUCGUGAGGCGGUCUUUGGUUGUGAUCAAAGUGGUGAAAUUAAAGAUGUCCUUCGCUUCGCUGCCAAUAAUCUGGUGGUAACAAACAUUGAUAUUCAAUCCGUUGAGCCAACAGAUGCCAAGACGAGGGAUAGUUUACAAAAGUCUGUUCAACUUGCCAUUGAAAUUACUACAAAGUCUCAGGAGGCAGCGGCACGCCAUGGAAAAGAGCGAAAAGAUCAGGAGGCAAAAGGAAAAUUAGAGCGACAGAAAUUAUUGGAUAAAAUUGAAGUCGAGCGAGCAAAGACAAAGUGGUUGGAACUGCAAGCGAAAAGUGAGGCCGUUCAAGCAAGUGGUCAAUCCGUCGCAGAGGCAAAAGCGAAAGCAGAAUCACUAUUGAUCGAAGUAGAAUCCGAGUUGAAGCAGGCACAGAUACGGGCAAAGGCAUACCGAAUAACGGCAGAAUCCGAGCUGAAAAAGCAAAAACAAAAGUAUGAUCUUGAAUUGGAAUUUGCAAAGAGACAGAAUGAACUGGAGAUUACGAAAGCACGACAAGUGGCAGAAGCAGAAACAGAACGGAUUCGACGAAUGGUAAAUGCUAUUGGACGUGAGACCAUUGUGGCAAUUGCACAGGCUGGACCGGAAUUACAGGCGAAGCUGCUGGGAGGAUUGGGUUUGAAGGGAUAUCUUAUUACGGACGGGAAAUCUCCUGUUAAUUUGUUUAAUACCGCCCAGAGUAUGCUUGGUGGCUCAUCAAAGGAACAUUCGUAG